AUGCAAAAGCUUUCUUUGUCGUUUGCCCUGCUGACUUACGUUGGCUUUUGGAGACCGACAAAAUGGCCAGUGCAUUCUAUCAAAUACUGGUUGUAUAACGCUUACUCGGCUCUCAUGAUAUUGUUCUUAUACUCGUUCACGUUAUUCUUCAUGAUAGACUGCUUGCAGUUCGCGGACAUGAAGACCGCGGUCCAUAAAUUCUCUAUAUUCAUCUCGGCGGCAGGUGUAUGCGUCAAGGUUGCGAAUGUGUUUUAUCAGCGUGACAAAAUCAUAAACAUGGUGAAUACUCUGGUGCAGGGAAACUGUUUACCAAAGGAUGAGAACGAGGUGAUCAUUCAGCGGAAGUUCGACUUAUACGCAAGAAAUCUGACGAUAUGCUGCGAGAUCUUGAACGAAACGACCGCGAUGUUCGCAUCCGUGGCUCAAUUCAACGUACUCAUAAGCACGAGGACAUUGCCCAUGUACGAAUGGAUGCCUUUUAGUCUGGAAUCGACGAAACUGUACUUAUUUUCUUUGUUGUUUCAAUCGUUCGGUGUGCUAGUCUGCGCGAACUCCAGCGUGGCCAACGAGACGCUGAUCUCCGGCUUGAUGAUCCAAGUUAAAGCACAAUUUGAAAUAUUCUGCCACAGGGCACGAAAAUUACCUGCUUUGAUCACGGAGGCGAAAGAGGCUUGCACAUCGACGGAGGACUUCAAGAGAAAAAGAAUAAAUAUUCUCGGGGAUCUGGUAAAAAAUCAUCUGGAGGUUUACGAAUUCGCAACGAUCGUCAACACUAUUUUUCAAUACAUGAUUUUCAUUCAAUUCUGUAUAAGCGUGAUGGUGGUCUGUCUAAGUAUUUACACGAUGUCAACCGAGCCCUCGUUCGACAUAAACUUCGUUUCGAGCUUCUCCUACUUGUGCUCUAUGAUGAUGCAAGUGCAUUUAUACUGUUGGUAUGGAAACGAGGUGGCGUUACAGAGUAAAAGCGUGGGCAACGCUAUUUACGAAAUGGACUGGACAUCGCUCCCUAUUAGGGUAAUGAAGGACUUGUUAAUUAUCAUGGCGAGAUCCAGCAAGCCCACUGUAAUGUCGAGUGGCCACGUUGUCACUUUGUCAACGGAUUCCUUUAUGGCUAUCAUGAAGAUGUCGUAUUCGACGUACAACCUCUUGAAAGACACAUCGAACAAAUGA